UGUGGAAGAGGAGCAGCCCGAGCCAUCGCUCCCUGACAGCAACGCUUCACCCGCAGCAGAAAUGAGCAAUGAACAACUGAAGAAGAGGUUGGAUGCCCUUCAAUGCCAUUUCACCUGGCAAUUGGGUGUCAAAGGCCACGUCGAACCCACGCACAUCCUGCAGAAGCUGGCGGUUGAAAUCAAGCACACGCGCCACCAAAACCAGGUAGCGCUUCUGGGGCUGCAGGCGUACCUGUACCAGCUGAAAGGCCAGGCUAAAGAAGCUCUGCAAAGCCUUAAAGAUGCUGAAGGGCAGAGGAAACAAGAUGAGCAACAGGCAGCCGCUGCUGCUGCUUCCUUGAUUAUCUGGGGGAAUUAUGCUUGGGUUCACUACCAUCGGAACUCUUAUCAGGAGGCUGAAAAGUACCUGAAAAAAAUUCAGCAGCUCUGCCCCGCUCCUCGGGACGCACGGCUGAUCCCGUACAUCCAGGCCCAGAAAGGCUGGGCCCUCCUGGCUAUCAGAGCCCGUAACGGGGAACGGGCAAGAGAGUGCUUUGAGACGGCAUUGAUGCUUGAACCAGAGAACAAGUAUUUCCAUGCUGGGCUCGGAAUAGCUUUUUAUUCCUCCUGGAUUUACUUCUGGAAUCCCGAUAUUUCAGAGAAAGCCAUAAUCCAAUUAGAAAGAACAGUCCACGAGCAGCCAGAUAACUACAGAGCCAAAAUAUAUUUAGCUAGGCUGCUUGAAGGGGAGAAUGAAAAGAGAUCAAUCGCCUUGGUAGAAGAAAGUGCCAAGAAAAGCUCCGACCCCGAGGUCCUCAAAGCUGCAGCUGCGUUCUGGCAGCAACGGUCGACAGAGAGAGCGCUGGAGAUAUUACGGCAUGCCCUGCAGCGGGAGCCAGGCUACCACCUUCUCUACCAAGCCUUGGCCAAGUGCUACAGGACCCAGUGGAUUAAUGCAAAGCAGGAAGACAAGAAUGGUAUCUUGGAUACGGCCAUCAAAGACCUUGAGCGAAUUGUUCAGAAGCACCCAGACCUUGACCUCGUGUUCAUGAAGCUGCAGUUAGCAGAGUUCUACGGCGCGAGACACUCGGAGCGGGCAGAGAUGAUCUUCAAGGAGCUGCAGGAGAAAAGCGACACCCUGAGCCCCAAAGGGCUUCAAGCUCUUUAUCUCUACUGGGGAAAGUACUUCCUCUUCAGGAAGAAGUCGCUUGAUGAAGCGCAAGCAAAGUUUAUGGAUGGUUACAAAAUUCCCAUGAAGACCGAACAGAGGAAGGAGUGCAGGCAGAGGCUGUUGAAGACCACUCUGUCGCUGUGGCAGCACAAGACCGAUGCCAUCCACCGCUUCAUCGAAGAGACCGACAGCAACUUGCCCGCAGAAUUCUCCGGGAUUGAUCUGGACUGA